AUGGAGAAAGGGAAAGCAGUUGCUCAAUCCUCUGGGAUCGAUAAACAUAAAGACGUCGAUGUCGAUGAGGAAUACUUUGAUGAAGGAGAUGAUGACAUGGUAGGGACGAUUUCAAUAAUUCCCACUAAGUACCUUGGAGAAUGCAAAAGUAAUCCGGAUGAAGAUUAUGAUCAGGAAGAUGAAGAGGUUUUCUCUUCCAUUCGCAUAGAAGAUGAGCCGAGUUUCUUUCCUCGACCUACUGAGAGACAAAUGUCUCAUCUUCGUCCCCUUCAUAUUGUUGCUGUUGUGAAUGGGUUCAAAAUAAACAAGGUGCUGAUUGAUGGUGGGGUAGCGAUUAGCCUCCUACCUAAGAGGAUGUUGGGAAAAGUACGGAAGCAUGUUAACGAGUUGGUCCCUACGAACAUUGCUGUGACUGAUUUUAGUGGGAAUUCCACGCCAGCGAGAGGGCUGGUUACCUUGACCAUAAAGGUGGGGUCUUCGGAGAGACACUAUGUGUUUGUGGUAGUGCCAUCGAAGGCUAGUUAUAAUGCCUUACUUGGGAGAGAUUGGAACCAUGGAGUAGGUGCUGUACCAUCUACAAUGCAUCAGAGCGUGCUUCUGUGGACUGAAGAAGGCAAACCUGAAAUUGUCAAAGCAGAUUCGAGUCAAUACGUCGAACAAAUGCAUGUCGAUUUUAGGAUAUAUAAUUGUAAAUUGAAGCCUUUUAAUGUUGAUCGAUCUCUGAAUCCUUACAAUUAUGAAGGGUGUUAUUUGACUUCGGAGGGGCUUUCGGUGAAGUUGCGCUAUCCAGAUUUGGUCGGUGAGCCGACAGGUCUCGAUCGUUCAUUAGUAGAACAUCGAUUAGCAUUGAAACUCAAUGCUCGACCUGUGAAACAAACCCCAAGACGUUUUGCUCCUGAAAUCAAUGUGAAAAUUAAAGAAGAAAUAGAAUGCUUGAUCAAAGAAAAAUUUAUUCGAACUGCUCGUUAUGUGGAGUGGGUGUCGAAUAUUGUUCCAAUGAUGACGAAAAAUGAAAAAUUGAGGGUAUGUAUCGAUUUUUGCGAUUUAAAUAAUGCUACUCCAAAGGAUGAAUAUUUCAUGCCAAUUGUGGAUAUGUUAAUCGAUUCUGCAGCGGGAAAUGAAAUUCUUAGCUUCAUGGAUGGUUAUUAUGGAUAUAACCAAAUUUUCAUUGUAGAAGAUGAUGUGGCUAAAACUGCUUUCCGUUGUCCUGGAGCGUUAGGCACAUAUGAGUGGGUAGUUAUGCCUUUUGGUUUGAAGAAUGCUGGAGCAAUGUAUCAACGAGUAAUGAAUGCCAUUUUCCAUGAGUUUAUUGGAAGAUUUAUGGAAGUUUAUAUCGAUGAUGUAAUGGUAAAAUCGAUUUCUGUAAGUCAACAUAUAGGUCAUUUAAGAAAGGCAUUUUUGACUAUGCGAAAGAAAGGAUUAAAAAUGAAUCUUUUGAAAUGUGCUUUUGGGGUAUCGGCUGGAAAUUUCCUAGGCUUUGUUGUUCAUAAAAAGGGGAUAGCCAUUGAUAAAAACAAAGAAGAUGCAAUAUUAGCCUUGUCUGCUCCCAAAUCAAAGAAGGAAGUGCAAUCGUUUUUGGGUAAAAUAAAGGUUUAA